AUGCCCGGAGAGAAGAAGGCGAUGUACAGAGCGAGCCCUCCGACCGCGAACCACCCCAGCACGCCUUGGCAGGAACCGCUGAACAGGCUCCCGCAGAGGCUGGACGAUGACUGCAGUAUGAAGGCCGUGGCGAGGAUGACGAGGGAGAGCACGACCCCGGCUAGGCUUGUAAGGGCCAGGCGGCGGCGGCCACAACGGUCGAUGAGGUAG